UGACUUCCCAUAACUAGAACCAUCAGCCGGAGUUCAAGAUGGCGAUCAACGAACAGCUAAUAUAGCAACUAAUCGAUCAUUAAUAUAACUAAUCUAAGUCUUUAUACUAUAAUAAGCUGUACGUGUUAUGUCAGUAUUUCCCAUCAGGUUCUUAUGCCGUCCUAAAGCAGUGGCUAUCUAACACUGGUGAUUCGAGAGAGACUGCGUGUGUUGCUUUUUAGCUUACGCCAAAUACAAAUAGUUGCUGUGAUCAGCUUUAUGAAACAGUGUGGAAUGAUUGGGAAGUUUUCAUUAGUUUGGAGGUCAACAUGUCGCUAAGAGAGUUGAAAGUAUGCCUUCUUGGGGAUACAGGGGUUGGAAAGUCAAGUAUCGUGUGGAGGUUUGUGGAGGAUAGUUUUGAUCCCAAUAUUAAUCCCACAAUUGGAGCAUCGUUUAUGACAAAGACUGUGCAGUACCACAAUGAGCUUCACAAAUUCCUCAUCUGGGACACAGCAGGACAAGAAAGGUUUCGUGCCCUGGCUCCCAUGUACUACAGAGGCUCUGCUGCGGCUAUCAUUGUGUAUGACAUCACUAAAGAGGAAUCUUUCCAGACGUUGAAGAACUGGGUGAAGGAGCUUCGCCAGCAUGGACCACCCAACAUAGUGGUGGCUAUCGCUGGCAACAAAUGCGAUCUCUCCGAUUCCAGAGAGGUGUCAGAGAAGGACGCCAAGGACUAUGCUGAUUCCAUUCAUGCCAUAUUUGUUGAAACCAGUGCCAAAAAUGCCAUUAACAUCAAUGAGGUCUUCAUUCAGAUAAGUCAAAGGAUCCCAGUUUUAGACACGGAUGGCGGGUCUGCAGUCAAGGGCUUCAAACUUCGUCGCCAACCAUCAGAGUCGACCAGGGAACGCAGUUGCUGUUGACACAACAAUUUGGCCAGAUCCUUGUUUUAUCUUCAAUUAAUAACCAAGGAUAAUAGCAGAUGAAGAAUGUGAUGUCAUAGGGGGAGUUACGUUACUUCCUUUUGGAGCCCAAAAAAGAUUAAAAAUUAGAUGUAUAGUUUGAAUCCCUUUGCACUUCCUUGAGAAAAGAUGAAAUUGUCCCCAUAUACAGUCGUUGUACCUUCUGUUCUUGAGCCCCGUUCAAAUGUCUUUGGGGAUCCAUUUCUGUUCUAGAUCACUAGCUAGAAUCAGACAGCAAAGAAAACACCUGCUUAACAGAUCAGAUACUGUCCUGUCCUGCUCUCUUUCUCUCUAUCAUUCUAAUCUCUGUGCAAAAACCUCUGCGAAGUUUCCUAGUGAAGCCGUUGUCUGUCCAUCUGUACAUUUUAAGAUUUUCAGCACUCCAAAUGCAAGCAACACAGCUUUCUGGUUUCACUAUUUUUGCACAUUCUUGAUGUAUAUGAUAAAAAAACCAUUAUAAAAAAUAUGAAUGGGUGAAUCUCAUGAAAGCUGUCAUAUUCAUGUCUUAUUUGGGUCAAAUCAAGUGAAAAAAAGUGAAAUUAUAUUUCGCAUAAAGUAAAGGUCAAGUCCAUUCUUAGGACUAUUACGAUAGUUUUUAAAAUUACAAUAUUUUUUUUACCAUAAAACAGUAAUUAAUGUUGCUGUAUUACAUAACAUUACAUUACCCAUAAAUACAAUAUGUAAAAGUGCUUAAUUGUUCUGAAAUAAUGUAAAAAGGAAAAAAAAAUGAAUGCUCCUAAAAGUAGACCUCAUUAUCUUAAUUUUUUUGUGAUUUUGAGGUUAACAUGACAGUCGUGUAUUUGUGAGAUUGACCCAAACACAAAUUUACUAUUAUAAAUAUUAAGCUAUGUUUGUUAUUUGUUGCUCAGGACCAGACAUGAGGCACUUCUGUCUUUCCUAUAUUUUAUAUAUGAAAAAAUAAAAUCAGUGGUAGUACUAAAAGUAUAGAUAGAAAUUUCUCUGGGAUUGUUUUGGUUAGCAAGAGUUGUCUGAGCCAUAGCUAGCAGCCCUAUCUUGAGAUAAGUUUAUAAGUUAUAUAUGAAGAAUGUGCCAAAUCUUUUUUUGUGACAUAUUAGGAGUUGCAUCUUGUAGUAGCGGUUCAAAAGGUCAGUGAUGGUGAUGAUGGCAGCAUGUAUGAGUUCAACAAAAUCUUCUGCGUAUUUAAUCUGUUUGCGAGUGGAGAUAACAGAAGUAACAGUCUUUGCUCCAAUUAGCUACAUUCUGGGUUGCCACAUUCUUAUCUACAGCCUUUUCUAGUAUUAUCAAGCAUUUAAAAUGGACUUUUAUGUUUGCUGGUAAAUGUCUGACCAUUGUUACCACUUACAGUGUAAAAUUGUAGCGUUAGAGAAGUUCAGCCCUCACACUUUGAGAUAAAUUUGGCCAGCCUUCUAGAACGUUGACAAGAAUAGCAGGUUCAAAGUGUUAGAUUUGAUAACUUUUCCACCUGUUCACAUGUUUUCCAUAUCAGAAAUGUAUUGUUAGUGGGAAGGUGCCAAAUGCUGGAAUUCUGUACAUGAAGUUGUGCGAUUUAGGCUUUAAUCCAGGACUUUGUGAAGUGUACAUUAUGCCCGAAUACUUUCUGAAAUUGCAUUUUAACCAUUUGUGUUAAUUGGCACAAUUACAAUUCGAAAACCCUGCUGUUUUUUAUUUGCUGGCCUGCACAUCCAACAUGUUUUUUACUAUCUGGACAGGGAGAAAAAAAGAAGCAUCUGGAAACUAGACUUGGUUCAGAUGUUGAAGAACAACACGUAAAAGCUCUAACGUCAGUUUUGAUGAAGAAAUGCACUUAAUUUGACAGAAAAAGUCUUCUGAGAAACUUACAUUUAAAAGAUUUGAAUUAAUGUACACACUAUUCGUUCAAGACCAUUAUGUGAUUGAGUGGCUCUUUUUCUUUACAUCAUGUAGAAUUCACAUUGAGGCUUAUUCAACCAAAAUUUAACUUCAUCUUUGACAAUUGUGUCUUAUAUGUGAAUAUAGAACAAAUAUGUUAUGAUUCCUUAACUGCAUAUCCACAGUGACAAAGUUUUAGGGAUAAAAUGUGGUUAAAAUGUGUUUCAUCUACAUGCAAAUCAGUAUAACACGUGACAGCAUCUCUGACAUUUUUAGAAGUUAGUAUGUGGCUUCUGUAGUUUGUCUUAUGAUGGUACUUUAAAAGUUUGUCACGAAUAUUACUACAUAUGGUUUUGACACUUUAUAUUGUUAUAAAGGAGUCAUAGAAUGUGUUUAGUGAAUCAGAAUGAAUAUUAUGGGCAUUGUCAAAGCCUUGAGUUUCAUUUCCCGUCCUUUAUCCUGUAAUUUUUAUUUGCAUUGAUGCCAAUGCACCAUGAUGUUGUCAAGAAUUCACAAGUGCAAUAAUAAUGCGUUUUCCCUCCAAAAUGUGUGCUGUCAGUACUAAUACCAGAGAGAUUUAUAGACUUAUUACAAUAAUUGUAUAGUUAAUCUGUGAGUUUUAGCACAACAAUAUUUUCCUUUAGAAGGCAGUGCUUGUUAAAUGGAAAAAAGGGAUUACUUGGGACAAUACUUCAGAAUUGCCAUGUGUGUUUUGCCCUAGUUCAAAUAACUUGAAAAUUUGCAGUCCUAAUCCAUUACUAUUGAUGCUUACACAGAGAAAACCAUUCAAAUUGAUUCUUCAAAUGACUGUAAUUUACCUUAACGCUAAGUAAAAGUGUCUUUCACUCAAAACCAGAAUCGUAAACUUUUUCUAUUUUCUUUCUGUCAUGUCAAACUAAUUGGAGAAGGAAACGAAUCUAAUGUCAUUACAAUGUAAGGAAAUGCAUUACUAGCUUUAAAUGUUGUUGAGUAACCAUUUUUUUUGUCUUGUACAAAGCCUGUGAUCCACAGCUAGACCAAACGUCUCAUUUAGUCCAGUUGAAGUUCUUCUUAGCCAAUUGAAAAGGACUUGCUGAAUUGCUUGUCCUCUUGCUAGGGAGCACAGGCUUUGCAUUAAUGAUUUUGAAUGGAACAUCAUGCUGCACUUGAGUCAGACAGUAUAAUAUGCUGUUUGGUGUGAUUUGCAGUGGUGUUUAGGUUGAAGAACAAUUGCAACAGUCUUGGGCUGGCCCUAAGAAAGUUGUGAAAUUCUGCUUAUGUACUUUACAUCCUUGUAUAUAACCACACAUUGGAUGAAUUGUGUAAAUUAAUUGACAUGUAGUCUUUCAGGAAAUGUCUUACUUUACCACUACUUACCAUUUUAAUUCAGUAUAUACUAAUCGUUAAGUGUUUUUGCAAUUUAGCUUUUCUCUUUUGUUAUUUUGUCAUGCAAAGAAGGCUUGAAAAUAACAUAUUAUUUGUUCAUUUGUGAAUGUGCUAAAGGGAAAUGUUGAGCUCUUUAUUAGUAAUAAAAGUAUACAACAUCA